AUGGCUCGGGCUCUGCUAACCCAACCUCAAGUUAUGGAUCUGGCUCCGCUGGCCAGUCCUGGCUCCACUGGCUCUGGCUCUGCUAACUCUGCCUCAAAACAAAGCUCCGCAUCCAUCCAAGCUUCCAGUUACGGCCACAGCUCACAUUCUGCCGGCUCUGCUAACCCUGCUUCCAGUUAUGGCUCGAGCACUGGUUCCAGCUCUGCAUCCGGAUACUCUGGCCAAUCAUCCAUUUCUGGCACUGCUUCCAACACCGCUUCCAGCGGAGCGUACAUCAGCGGCCCAACCGGCUUCUCCACCGUGACGGUGACUCGCUCCUCUGGAGUUGCUUUCAGCUCUGUUCCAACUGGCGGUGCUUCCAGCACCAGAGCUAGCCAAAGCGGUUCUUCCAACGUCCACUCUAGCCAGGCUACCGGUGGACCGUCUGGCGUCGCCAGCUCUGCUCCAUCAAGCAAUCUGAACUCGCAUGCUUCCAGCGGCUCUGGCCAAACCACUUCAAGUGGAUUAUCCGGUUACAAUAGCGCUUCUAGCCUGAACUCCGCAUCAGCUGGGUACAGUUCUACUCGCUUUGUCUCCAGCGGCAACCAAUACACGGGCUCUUCUGGCCCUAGCCACACGGCAUCUGGUUUCACCGGAGCCUCUAGCAACAUUGCUGGCCUGUCAUCCGUCGUCUCUAGCCACCUAGGCGCAUCCAGCGGAGCAUUCAGUGGAGCAUCUAGCGGAGCAGCCAGCCAAGUCACACCAACUGGCAGCUCAGGCUCUCCAACGAGCGGUGCUUCCGGAUACAGCUCCUCCCCAGCGGGCGGUGCCUCCAGCGGAGUCUCCAGCGGAAUUUCUGGGGCUUCAAGCACGAUCUCCGGCCAGAACAGCGCCUCAACUGGAGCUUCCAGCGUCUACGGCAGUGCUUCGAGCGGUGCCACCAGCGCCUCAGGCCAGGUCACGAGAGUUUCCAGCGCAGUUUCCAGCGCAGCUUCUAAUGGAGCUUCCAAUGGAGCUUCUAAUGGAGCUUCCAAUGGAGCUUCUAAUGGAGCUUCCAAUACUGCUUCCAAUGGAGCCUCCAAUGGAGCCUCCAAUACUGCUUCCGGUGCCUCCAAUGCCCCAAGUGGCUCUGGCUACCUAUCCUCUAGCGGAGCCGUCACUGUUCCUGGCCAGACCAGCGCCAGUGUCUCCACUGGAACUGCCGGCGCACCUUCUGGCUCUAGUUCGAGCUCUGUUUCCGGCGGCUCCAGCCACAGCAGUGCAUUUGGUGGCUCCAGCAACCUCAGCGGAUCUUCCACCAUCGGCGGCUCGUCUGGCCAGAACACUGCCUCUGGCAGCGUCUCUAGCACCGGUCUGUCUUCUGCCGUCUCCAGCCUCAGCUCUGGUCUCAGCUCUAGCUUCUCUGGCUACUUCAAUACCUCUGUUGCCGCUUCGACAGCUACUUCUGGCUCUACCGGCCUCACCUCGAUCACCGUCUCUUCUGGCUUCGGCGUGUCGCCAUCGCCAGGCUCGGCUACAUCCUGCUCGACCAUAACUGGUGGAUCAGAUGCUAGCGGAACCAGUUCAGCCGGUUCCGUGAGCUCGGGCGAGGCAUCCACAACCGGACAGCCACAAAGCUCUAGCUCUGUUGCAGCUGGAGCAACGGGAAUAACUGAAUCAACGGGAAUAACCGAAUCAACAGGAACAACUGAAUCAACUGGAUCAACGGGAACAAGUGAAUCAACUGAAUCAACGGGAGCAAGUGAAUCGGCUGGAUCAACCGGAUCAACCGGACCAGCUGCUUCAACAGGAUCAGCUUCUUCAACUGGAUCAGCGGAAUCAGCUGUUUCAACAGAAUCAACAGGUUCAGCAGGAUCAACAGGAUCAGCUGCUUCAACAGGAUCAACAGAAGCAACGGGAUCACCACUUUCCUCAGCAGUCUCCUCAGCAGUCUCCUCAACAGGAUCAGUCCCAACAGGAUCAACAGCUUCGGCCAUCUCCUCAGCCAUCUCCUCAGCCAUUUCCUCGGCUACCAGCUCCAUCGGUGCUGGCUCUACCAACUCCGCCGGCUCUGGCUCCUCUGGAUUAGAGAUCGCCAGCUCCACCGCCUCGGCCUCCUCCAACUCCCAGACUUCUGCUCCAUCGUCGGCUUCCGGCGCCACAUCUUCCCUGUCCUCUGGCUCAGGAUCUGCAGGCUCGACUUCGCAGACCUCAGCCACGUCUGAAGGUGGAUCGCAAACAGCCUACUCAACGUACACCUCGGAAACUUCUGCCACGCAGUCCGAGACCUCAGGAGCAGAGUCCAGCUCGCAGGCUACUUCAGCCACCCAAACCGGAGCUCCUUCCGGAGCUGCAACACAGGCUUCCACCGGAGCUACUUCCGCAGCAUCCACCGCCACCUCAGCCACAUCCACCGAAUCUGCACCAGCCACUUCGACAGAAGCUGCUGCUGGAGCAUCCACUGCUACUUCAGCCAUUCCAACUGGAGUUACUUCUGGAACUUCAGCAGGAGCAUCAGCUGAGGCCACUUCAGGAGCCUCGUCUGAGACCUCUGCAGGCUCUGCAGGCUCUACAGACUCUACCAGCUCCAGCGGCUCUACUAGUUCCGCUUCCGCCGCUUCCACCGCUUCCUCCACUUCCGCCAGCUCCACCUCCAGCGUGGCUGGCAUUGGUGCUUCAACGGAAUCCACCGGAUCCUCUACAGGUACUUCGGCCUCGUCGGGCUCUGUCAGUGCAACCUCAGGCGCAGAGUCGACCGGACUUGCUGGUUCGUCGUCGACAGAAGUUUCUGGCUCCUUGUCGACCGGACUUUCUGGUUCCUCGUCGACAGGAGUCUCUACUUCAGCUACAGGACUACCUACCUCCUCGUCUACAGAACUUCCUACCUUCCCAUCUACAGGAGCUUCCGCAGAGUCUUCUAGCACCCCAUCUUCCGCAGGCGGCACCGAAACUUCCAUCGGAGGAACAGAACUUUCUACCGGCGCCGCAGGACAUUCUACCGGCACUGCAGAAUCUUCUGCCCGUCCUGCAGAAUCUUCCACCCGCCCUGCAGAAUCUUCCAUCGCUGCGGGCACUUCCGCGGGAUCCAGCUCGUCCAGCUCGUCCACCAACCUUUCCACCGAAUCCUUCACAGGAGCCUCAAGUGGCCCAUCGGCCUCUCAAACGUUGGGAACGGCUGCUACUGGAGCCUCUCAAACAUCUGGCCAGUCUACCGGCUCUACCACCGAGCCUGCUAACUCUGGCGUUGCAGGUGCUUCGUCUCUCGCGGCUGGAUCCACAGCUGUAUCCGGAACUUCCAAUACCGCAAACCCAUCGGGCACGGCUUCUAACACCUCUGCCGCUUCCGCCGCUUCCAGCUCUGCUGGAUCUGCUGGCCCUGCCAACUCUGGCACCGCCGGCAACUCGACUCCAGAAACCACGUCUGCAGAGUCCACCCCGGCUACCGCUUCUCAGCCACUGACCGCGGCAUCGAACACCGCCUCGGUCGCCGGCCCAGCCAACGCCCAGACAACGGCCCAGAACACCUCUACACCAGCAAGUGGCUCGAGCCAGGCAACUAACUCUGCAACGGGCUCCGGCUCAGAUAUCGCCUCCAGCUCAGGCUCCGGAACUGGCUCGACCGCCAGCUCCAGCGCUGAAUCUGGCCUCGCUUCCGGCUCCGGCCCUACCUCCGGCGCCGGCUCGUCUUCUGCGCAGACGACUUCGUCUGCUGCUUCCGGCACUGAAUCUUCUCACUCUGCCAGCCAGUCUACCCUCUAUACCAGAACGGUCUCGAGCAGUGCUUCGGUCUCUCCUUCCGCCACUGCCAGCCAGGUGUCCACCCUCGAAGGUGGAGCCGCCCGGUCUGCUACCAAUCCACUUCUUUUCGGGCUCAUGGCUCUUGUUUACUUUAUCUGA